AUGGACAUCUCAUCACCAGGCGAAGUCGAGUUCUCUGACACAAAAGACGCACUAGAGUCGCUUAACUCAAAGGACGAGUCGUACGACUCUCGUGACUCAGGUGACUCUGGCAUCCAGGAGGACGUCGAACUGGAGUCGGAGGAUGGAUGGACGGUACGAGACGGCGCCGGGCGUGACCACGUGGUCGUGCCCUUCGAUCCGUCUGAGCUACGAGGUCACUGCCGUGCCCUCGACUCGGGAGCCGUACGCGUCGGAGAAGGUCGGUUCGCGCUGCCUCGACAUGGUCUGAUGAGCCUGCCAAGCUACUCGGCGCCCCGUACAAUUCGUCCUGGAGAGCUGGUGGUCUGUUCUGUGCCGAAGAGUGGAACCACCUGGACCUUGGAAAUGGCCUGGCUGGUGGCGAACGACUGCGACUUUGAGGGCGCUCGCUCGCGGCUGGACCAGAAUCGAUACACGGAAGUGGGAAAUCUGUUCUAUCUGGGUCUGACGCCGGCCUUUCUCCGCGAGUACGUGCCCCUGGUGAUGACUCGGCUGAGGAAGCUGGCUGGACUGGUUCACCUGCUGUACUUGAUGUUGCGCAGCCUUUGGCAGUCAGUGGGUCUCGUCAAGACGCACGUGCCCCUCUCACUGCUGCCACCGGACCUGCUCGAGACCAACAAGGUCAUAUACGUCACUCGCAACCCCAAGGACGCACUGGUGUCCUACUACCAUCACUUUUCUCGAUGCCGUGUGGUCAAGUACUCUGGCUCCAUGGACGAUCUCGCCGAGGAUUACAUGGCCGGUCGACUGCCCGGCCUGCCCUUCUUCUCGCACGUGCUGGAAGCGUGGAGGCAGCGGCAUCACCCCAACAUGCUGUUCCUCUUCUACGAGGAUAUGAAGCGUGACAUGCCUGGUACACUUCGCCGCGUGGCUGACUUCCUCGGCAAGACACUAUCUACCGAGCAAGUGGAGAAGCUGUGUCAUCACCUCGACUUCAAGCAAAUGAAGAACAACGAACACGCCAAUUCACUCAUGUACCAGAAGGCAGGUAUUCUGGAAAUGUCUUCGUUCAUUAGAGAGGGCCAGGUGGGAAAAUGGCGGCAGCAUGUCUCGCCGGAGGUGGACCGACGACUGAACGAGUGGAUUCGCCGCUCGGUGGCCGGCACUGGACUUAGCUACGAGGGAGUUCAGUAA